AACAAAAAAACACAAUCAAUAAGGACAAUUUUUCUUAUAGAUUCAAUGGAUACAAACUUGGGAGACAAUAAUUUUUCUAUUGACCUUAACACAAACCUCUCUUUGCACAACACCAACACAAGUCCGAGCGAGACGUUGGAUGAAGAAUUGAUUAGGACUAGAGAGGAGAACAAGAAGUUAGUAACAAUGCUCACAAAUUUGUGUGAGAAGUACAAUUCCUUGCAAACUCACCUAAUUGAAUUGCUGCAAAAAUACUCUAGUAAUAAUGAAGAGGACAAUUCCAAUUUAUUAUUAUCAAGGAAAAGAAAAGCUGAAGAAGAGUGUUGUGUUAAUAAUUUUGAAGAAGCAUCACCAAAGAGGCCAAGAGAAAUCACAACCAAUGUUUCAACUGUUUGUAUUAAAACUAAUCGAUCCGAUCAAACUUCAGUGGUGAAGGAUGGAUAUAACUGGAGAAAAUAUGGUCAAAAAGUUACAAGAGAUAACCCUUAUCCUAGAGCAUAUUAUAAGUGUUCAUUUGCACCAACAUGCCCAGUCAAGAAGAAGGUACAAAGAAGCAUUGAAGAUCCAUCAAUUUUAGUAGGUGUAUAUGAAGGGGAACACAACCAUCCUCAUCCAUCCCAAACUGAAAUAACAGUACCAUUAGUCAACCAAGAUGUUUCAACAUUUUCUAACAAAUUCAUGGAAGAUAUUGAAACAAAUUCAUUACAACAACAUUUAGUUCAACAAAUGGCUACUUCCUUAACCAGCAGCCCUACUUUCACAGCUGCAGUUGCUGCAGCCAUCUCUGGAAAAAUUUUCGAAUAUGAUUUGCCUUUCAAUUAAAGAAAAAUUACAUUUACUCAAAUGGUUUAUGUUUCUUUAUUGAGAUCGCAAUGAGCUUGUUUGGACAUGGAUAUUCGAUUUCAUCUCAUGAUUUCACAUUUUUUCAAAUGCAAAAAAUUAUAUAAUU